CUCCUGUCACAUCACACUCGCCUUGCUAAUCCCUAGCAACCUUAAGUUUUAGUACAGCAUCCCUCGCAAAACCACCAGCUUCACGCAAGGAGAGCAAAUGGCGCCGUCGACCUCUCGCCGUAUGGUUACGUCCGUCCUCCUUGUCCUCCUCCUCCUCGUCGCCACAGAGAUGGGGACGACGAGGGUGGCCGAGGCGAGGCACAGGCACUGCGAGUCGCAGAGCCACAAGUACCGUGGAGCGUGCUGGAGGGGGGACAACUGCGAGAACGUCUGCCGCACCGAGGGCUUCCCCUCGGGCAAGUGCAGGUUCCAUGGCAUCGAAAGCAAGUGCUUCUGCAUUAAACCCUGUUAGCCACUUCAUCGACGGAUGGGUUAGCUAGCUAGUUAGCCGCGCACCACGACCGCCCUCGUGUCUUCAGAGUGUUCCUCCCGUGUCCGUCUACCGCUUUCCUUAUUACUACGAGUCUAUAGUAAGGUCUACAUGCGUUGCGCAUGCCAUUUUCCUUAUUACAAGUGUCUUGCUUCGUACGGUGUAAUAAACUAGCUGGAGUAUUAAUAAAAGUUGGUCGUCCGUGUGCUUGGCCGUCUUUUUUA